AUGACAAUAGCCAGGGCUUGGGAUAUUGACUAUAAAGUUACAGCCGUUGUUAGUGAUAAUGCUGCCAAUUUCGUAGCUGGUGUAAGAAUGACUGGGUAUAGACAUUUAUCAUGUUUUGCUCGCUCGCUCAAUUUGGUAGUUCAAAAGUCUCUUGAGCACAUAGCACCUGUAACAGUUAAAAUCAAGUCGAUUGUAGAAUAUUUUAAACGUAGCCAUCAUGCAUUGUCCAAGUUACAUGCCACCCAAGAACAAAUGGGACUGCCAAUUCUGAAGUUGAAACAAGACGUCGUAACACGGUGGAAUUCCACUUACGAUAUGCUGAGAAGAAUCAUCACAGUCAAGAAUGCUGUUAUCUCGACAAUUGCAGUCCUUCAAGUUGAUAUCCCAAUAUUGACACCAAUGGAAUGGUGUAUUGUUGAAAAAUCUGUUGACAUAUUAGAAAUUUUCUAUGAAGUCACCAAGGAAAUAAGUGGAGAUAAGUAUUUGACUCUAUCUACUACCAUCAUUUUUAUUGGUAUAAUGACUAAAUCUAUGAUGAGGUAUGAAAAUGAUGCAUGUUUACCAUCGGAAGUAUCUAGUUUAGUUAGUACAUUAAAAGAAGAAAUAAUGACACGUUUGAGGCCAUGGGAGGAAAAUGAGUUGGUUACUCAAAGCGCGUUACUGGACCCGAGAUUUAAAAAACUGGCAUUCUCUAACACAAGUGAAAGAAAAUUAACAAAUGCUAUGUCUUCACUAAAAACAAAAGUGUGUUCAAUAUCCAUACCAAAUACAAUAACUAAUACAGAUACUUCCAUUGCACGAGAGGCUUCAACUCAUAGUCAGUCAUUGUUAUGGAAGUCAUUUGAUGAAGAGUUUGAUCGGUGUAGAGCAGUUCAUAAUCCACAAGCGGCCGGGAUUAUAGAGCUGGACAAAUAUUUUAAUGAACCAGCAAUAGGGAGACAUGAAAACCCUUUAGCUUGGUGGGAUGAUCGUCAAAAAUUGUAUCCUCGACUUUUCAUUCUAGCCAAAAAGCGACUUUGUAUAACUGCAAGUUCAGUGCCAUGCGAGCGCUUAUUUAGUAAGGCUGAAUUAAGACCAGUGAGAAGGAGACGAAGAACGAAGAUGUCUAGUGUAAAGGCUACAAUUGAGCAGGUCACUGCUAUGAUACCAAUUUACGCCGAUGGGAAAGACGUUUGUUCGUUCAUAAGGGCAUGCGAUUAUGCAUGCGAGGCCGUAGAUAGAGAAACCAUACCCUUAUUAGUAAAAUGUAUUAACACUAGAAUUACUGGCAAAGCGUUAGAAGUAUGUCGCUAUAGAGAAACUAGCGAUUGGGAAAUUAUUAAAAAAAUAUUACGGGGGGCUUUUGAACAGUAA